UGUCUGUCGUGUCCAGCUCUAGUAAAAUAUCAAAAGGGUAUAGAGAGUGAGAGUCUUAGACCUCAAGCGCCUUUAUAAGUUGUCGAUCUCGACCUCUUCCUUCAGCUUUACAAGCGAGCCUCCUUGUUGGUGCAAGUCUUUAAUCGAAUCUUCAAGGUAAAGCCAUGGGGAAGGACGCCAAAUCGAAAGAGUCAGGAAAGGGAAAGGGGAAACAAGCGGCGGGAUCGAGUGAUGAGAAUGCUUAUAAGGGUAAAGGGAAGGGUGGGAAGAGUUCAGAUGGGCUUGGCACCUGCACUUAUGUUAAAGCAAGGCAUAUCUUAUGUGAGAAACAAGGAAAGAUCAAUGAAGCAUACAAGAAGCUCCAAGAUGGCUGGCUUAGCAAUGGAGAUAAGGUUCCACCUGCCGAGUUUGCAAAGGUAGCUCAAGAAUAUUCAGAAUGCCCAUCAGGAAAAAAGGGUGGAGAUCUUGGGUGGUUUCCACGAGGUAAGAUGGCAGGGCCUUUUCAGGAAGUUGCCUUCAAUACAGCGGUUGGAGCAACUAGUGCCCCGUUCAAAUCAACCCAUGGGUACCACAUAAUCUUGUCUGAAGGAAGGAAGAACUAAUAAUUCCCUAAUUUAUAAUUAAACUGAAUCUGCAGUGGUAUCAAUACUAUCAUCCUGUUUAUUUGGUCUAGUUAUUGAUGUUGCUUCCGUCAAGGUAAAUCAUGUUAUCAAGACGAAGGAUUUUGUAUUUGGUAUGAUUUAUCUUUCUGAACUUUUUUGUGCCUUGGGAAAGAGUUGGUCACAAAAAAGUACUCAUUCAAACCCCUCUCUCUUUCUUUUUCAUUAUAAAUAUAUUUUUAUUAUGGUUUA